AUGCCCAAUAGCCCUAUCCAAAGCGCGGAGAGCCAUAACGAUUCUGACUCUAACUCCGGUUUCAACACUACGCUCAGCAACAGCGGCGAGAAAUACCUUGUCCAAAACUGGGGUACCAUUUUUCAUUCAAUCCAAACCGGAGCGGACGAUAUCUCUUUUACCCACGAUCCCUUCGAACAGGCCACGGCUCAAGGCCCCACAGGAACGAGUGGCAACAAUGGUACUUCGGGGUUGGUCAUGAAGUUGAACUACCCCAAAGGAUCUUAUGCUCCUGCAUACGGACCCGUUGUUGGAGGCGCCCAGUUCUAUGCAAAUCCCUUUGGUGAUUCGACUCCGUUCUCAAAGAUGAUGAUUAGCUACGAUGUUGGGUUUCCUGUAGGGUUCAAUUGGGUACUGGGCGGCAAGUUACCAGGUGUCUAUGGAGGCACGCCUUACGAUGGGUGUUCAGGGGGCAUCCAGUCCAAUGGGGAUAAUUGUCUGAGCAUGCGAAUGAUGUGGCGCCAGAAUGGUAUUGGUGAAGUGUAUGCGUAUGUGCCCGGAAACCAGAAGUCCGCGAUAUGCAGAAGCGCCAACGUACUCUGCAACGACCAAUACGGUAAAUCGCUCGGCCGCGGUCUAAUCUACUUCCAGUCCGGAAAAUGGACGCGCCUAGACAUGAUCAUGGAGCUGAACGAGCCCGCAGGAAACUCCAACGGGACACUUCAGGUCUAUAUCAACGGAAACCAAGUCAUCGACAUGCAUGAUAUCCCUUAUAGGAGCUCUGGCAUGGUCGGGUUCCAGGGAUUAAUGUUCUCGACUUUCUUUGGAGGUUCAGAACCGGAGUAUGCUACACCAGUCGACACAUCGAUUUAUUUCCGUAAUAUCCAGCUGAGUGCCGGAGCGCCUGCCAAGUUGUAUAAGGGGACAGGAGGCAAUGGUGGUGGACGGAUAACCGCGGCUGGAUCGAAUAGCAUGUGGUCCAUGCUUUCUUUCGUUUUUAGCGUUUUUAUUCUGCUUCUUUAA